AAUGGAUGUUAGCUCAGGGCCAAUCUUCCUCACACACACACACACACACAUAAACUACAAUCUACCCAUCAAAACCAAGAAAUUAACACUGAUACAUUAUCAUCUCAUCCUCAGAUCCUAUUCAAAAGUUUUUCCAAUUGUUUCAGUGAUGUCACUUAUAGCAAAAAGAUCUAGGCCAGAAUCAGAUAUUGCAUUUAGUUGUCAUGUCACUUUAGUCUCCUUCAAUUUGGAAUAGUUCCUCAGUCUUUCCUUGAUUUUCAUGACCUUGACACUUAAAGAUUAUGAGCCAGUUAUUUUGAAGAAUGUUCCUUAACUUGGUUUGUUUAAUAUCUACUCUUGAAUAGACUCAGGAUAUGUACCUUUGGUUGCAAUACACAGAAGUGUUGCUGUGUUCUUCUCAUUGCAUCCUAUCAAGGGGCAUAGAUUUCAAUUUGUCCCAUUACUGGUGUUAACUUUAAUCACUUAAGAUGGUAUCUGCAAGUCUUCUCCACUGUAAAGUUAAUUUUUUCCUUUUUUAAUUAAGUGUUUUGUGGGGAGGUACCUUGAAACCAUGUAAAUAUCCCAUAUCUCAUCAAAAUUUCAAUCUAUUCAUUUUUUUAUAUAAACAUGGACUCAUGAAUUCCUACUUUAUUCAAUGGGUUAUAAUCCAUUACUUUCAUUAUUUAUUUGGGUUCUCAAAUUGUCCCAGCUUUGGCCAGUGGGAGUCCUUUCAAUCUGGGCUGUGUCUUUUUGGCAUAUUCCUCUAAUUUUCCGAGUACUUCCUCAAUUUCUGACAGAUUGUCUUGUAUUUUCCAAGCACCAGCCUGAAAUCACCCAUUCUCCAGGAAGCUCUGGUUUCUUUUAAUGGAGAACAAUAUUUGGAAACCAAGAUCUAGAUACCCUCAUGUGGAUGCCCUUCUCAGCUUAUUUGGGCUGUGACACUCUGCUCUGACCACCAUGGACACUCUACACUACGCCUCAGAAGAUCUUGCUUGGUCCCACAUAAUACCUUUGAACCAAAUUUUUUCAGGAGGGAAAGAGGAAGAGGAAAAGCUAAUCUCUUUUUUUUUUUUUUAAAUUUAGAGUUCCCCAGACUUCAGUCAUUCAAACAAUACCUUCACAACUUGACCAGCUGUACUAUCAUGUACUUAAUAUUUUUGUUUCAAAUCAUUUUGUUUUUCUUCCAAUCACUUUGUUCAUCCUAAGCAAUAAUAUCUGAAAUCAUGGAUUUGAUGGGCUACUUAUGUUUCUUUCUAAUACCCAUUACAAUCAAGAACAAAAUAAUAAAAUGAGAGAAGUUUAUCCAACUACUCCCUAAGAUUACCUCAGAAACAACAAGUGGCACAUUUGCCACUCUUUGGGGAACACUUGCUUUAUUGGAUUCCUGCACCUGCAGCCUCCUGCACUUUUUUAGUGAUACUCCACUGAUAUAUCCUGUGUCUCUCCCCAGGCAGGAGCCAUACUUCAGGACACAGUAAAAUCUCUCAGCCAAACCUGGUGUGCUCAGGAUUCUAGUUUAGCUUAUGAGAGAGCCUUUCUGGCAGUAUCAGUGAAACUUCUGGAAUAUGUGGCCCACGUGGCCCCUGAAAUGGCAAGACAGGUGGCUAUCCCCAUGACAAAUAUGAUCAAUGGGAACAGCGCCGUCCGGGAGUUCAUCCAGGGCCAGGGAGGUUGGCAUGGACCAAAGAGAAAUUCUGCAGAAGUUCCUGGAUGAGGCCCAAAACAAGAAAAGUAACAAAGAGGAGUUUGCCAAUGAAUUUCUGAAGCUGAAAAAACAAUCUACCAAGUACAAGGCAGAAAAAACCUAUCCCACAACUGUGGCUGAGAGGCCCGAGAAUAUCAAGAAAAACAGAUAUAAGGAUAUCCUGCCCUAUGAUCACAGCCGAGUAGAGCUGUCCCUGAUAACAUCUGAUGAGGAUUCCAGCUACAUCAAUGCCAACUUCAUUAAGGGAGUUUAUGGACCCAAGGCUUAUAUUGCCACCCAGGGGCCCUUGUCUACAACUGUCCUGGACUUCUGGAGGAUGAUUUGGGAGUACAGUGUCCUGAUCAUUGUUAUGGCAUGCAUGGAGUUUGAAAUGGGGAAGAAAAAGUGUGAGCGCUACUGGGCUGAGCCAGGAGAGAUGCAAAUCCAACUUGGCCCUUUCUCCAUAUCCUGUGAAGCUGAAAAUAGAAAAUCUGAUUACCUAAUCAGGAUUCUAAAAGCCAAGUUCAACAGUGAAACUCGAACUAUCUACCAGUUUCAUUACAAGAAUUGGCCAGACCAUGAUGUGCCUUCAUCUAUAGACCCUAUUCUUGAGCUCAUCUGGGACGUGCGUUUUUACCAAGGGGACAACAGUGUUCCCAUAUGCAUUCACUGCAGUGCCGGUUGUGGAAGGACUGGUGUUAUCUGUGCUAUUGAUUAUACAUGGAUGUUGCUAAAAGAUGGGAUAAUUCCUGAGAACUUCAGUGUUUUUAGUUUGAUCCAGGAAAUGCGAACACAGAGGACUUCGUUAGUUCAAACUAAGGAACAGUAUGAACUGGUCUACAAUGCUGUAUUAGAACUAUUUAAGAGACAGAUGGAUGUUAUCAGAGAUAACCACUCUGGAACAGAGAUUCAAGCAAAGUAUUCACUUCCUGAGCAAAAUCCCACUCUAGGAGCAGACUCUUGUUCUCCUAAUUUAUCAAAAGGCAGCAUAAAUGAAGCAAAAAUAAAGAAUCAACAGAGCAAACAAAGGAUAAGGGGGGAAAGUGCAGAAACUUCUUCCUUUGACCUCAGGACUUCUGAAAUAAGUGAAAAGGGUGCAUUAGUUUUGCAUCCUGCUAAACAGUGCAGUUCUUUCGACUUUCUGGAGCUAAACUGUGGUUGUAACAAAAAUGCUGACAUAACUAUGAAAUGGGAGACAAAGGCAUUUCCAAUAGCUGGGGAGCCUCUUCAAAAGCACCAAAGUUUAGACUUGAGCACCAUUUUGCUUGGAACAUGUCCUAAUUCUAAACCAGUAAAUGUAGCAGGAAGAUAUUUUAAUUCAAAGAGGCCAAUAAUGCGGACCAAAUCAACUCCCUUUGAAUUGAUACAACAGAGAGACACCAAAGAGUUGGACAUCAAGGGAAGUUUUUCUCAUUUGGAAUCUCAGCAGCAUAAUUCUUCUCUUGAGCAGGCUCAAAAAGAGAUGCAUGUUUCUUCAGCAGAAGUGAAUUAUUCACUACCAUAUGACUCUAAGCAGCAAAUGCGUAAUGCCUCUACCACAAAGCAGCAUGACUCUAGUGCUUCUAAUGUAUAUUCUUGCAUGUCUUUAGUAGAAGAUCCUUAUUUUUCAUCACUGUCUCCAAGUAGUGCUGGAUCUAAGAUAUCUCUUGAUUUACCUAAGAAGCAAGAUGGAACUGUUUUACCUUGUUCUUCAUUGCCAACAUCCUCUACAACCCUCUUUUCUUACCACAAUUCACAUAAUUCUUUAGCUCUGAAUCCUCCAACCAAUUCCUCCUCCUCACUGAACCAAGACACAGCAGCAGUAGCAACUCCUCUAAGGAUAGAUGAUGAAAUCCCCCCUCCACUUCCUGAACGGACACCUGAAUCUUUUAUUGUGGUAGAGGAAGCUGGAGAAUUCCUACCGAGUGUUCCCAAAUCCCUAUCUCCAACUGUAAAGGUAAAAAUUGGAACAUCAUUAGAAUGGAGUGGAACAUCUGAAUCAAAGAAAGUUGAUGACUCUGUGAGACUUAGACCAACCAAGAGUGUAAAACUCCGGAGUCCUAAAUCAGAUCUGCAUCAAGAUCGUUCUUCUUCCCCUCCACCUCCACUCCCAGAAAGAACCCCUGAGUCCUUCUUCCUUGCUGAUGAAGAUUGUAUGCAGGCUCAAUCUAUAGAGACUUAUUCUACUAGCUGUCCUAACACCAUGGAAAAUUCAGCAUCUUCAAAACAGACAUUGAAGACUCCUGGAAAAAGUUUCACAAGAAGUAAGAGUUUGAAAAUUUUGCGAAACGUGAAAAAGAGUAUCUGUAAUUCUUCCCCACCAAACAAGCCUGCAGACUCUGUUCAGUCUAAUAACUCCAGGUCCUUUUUGAAUCUUGGUUUUGCAAAUCGUUUUUCAAAACCCAAAGGACCAAGAAACCCACCACCAACGUGGAAUAUUUAACACAACUUUGGAAUAUAGGCUGCAAGUGCAUCUGUAAAUAAAACUAAUAGAAUAUUGCUAGCUAAAAUAAGUACUCUAUAUUCAUAACUUCAACAAUGAAGAUAUGGUAACGAGGUUUUAAAAGAAAAGCAAUAUACAAAUAAGUGUCAGAAGUUUUACAUUUUCAUUGGGUUGGAAACCCCAAAUAAAAGUCUGUCACUUGAGCUUACGUAGGGAA